AUGGAACAGAAGCAGGGCACCGCCCAGCGUUUCCUCUUUCCCUUCUUCGAAAAGCUGCACUGGUACGCUAGUGAUUUACUUCUCGGCCGUCUUAAGAGUGAGUCUUUCCCCUUUUCUCCUUUUUACUUUUUUAACGCUCGUUCCCACUCCCCCCCCGAUGAACGGAAACAGCCUUUCCAUUGUUCUUCCCGAGUCGGUAUCUAA